AUGUGGACGGUGUCUUCAUCUCCUCAGCCUAACGACACUGACUGUUCAACCACAGAGGGAGUGUGUCCACUUCGCUGUGACAGCUACGAUAUCGCCUGCUAUCUGAUCGACAACAAUGGUUUCGUCAUCAUUUCUAAGGAGCGCAAUGACGCUGGGCGGUUCUUCGGGGAGGUGGAUGGAUCUGUGAUGACGACACUGAUCAGGAUGGGCAUGUUCAAAAGGGUGUCUUUGUUUGACUACCAGGCUAUGUGUAAGAUGAACCACCAUUCAUCCAACAGUGCACGGCCACUACUCAGUCCGUUCUAUGGGUUGGCUUCUGCCCUCAACUGGUUUCUCUCCAACUUGCUGCUCUUCCUGUUGGAGUUCAAUCUCUGUGGCCUUUGGCACGCGGACCAUUUCGCUGACGCCAAGGCCUCGUUCUCCGUGUCCUCCUCCCAUAAGAAGCGCGGGGACAUCCUUCAGCCGUGUGACACAGAGUACCCCAGCUUCCUGCACGAGCCGUCAAUCAAAGAGACCAACAGCCUCAUCAAGUGUGGCCGAUGCCAGAAGAUGUUCGUGGUGCAGCAGGUCCCAGACAGCAACCUGCUGAUGCUGGUGGUACAGGCUGACUGUGACUGCUCCAGGCAGUACCCUCCAAUCACCAUGGAGCCCAUGGAGGUCAAAUAUAUCGCCUCGGUGAAGUGCAACAGGAUGAAGUCGCAGAAGGUCCGCCGACGCCCGGAGUCCUGCCACGCCUACCACUCACAGGAGAACGCCAAGGACUGCGGCGGGGCCUGCGUCAUCUCUCUCUCCGUGUCGCUCUUCCUCCUCUGUCUCUCCUCCUCCACGCUGAUCUCUCGAUGACCGGGGUCUUCGUCGUCUGGUUCGGGCGAUAUCGUGCAAUGUCACACCUUGGACAUUGUUUACACUGCAGGUUACUAUGAAACUUCUCCCACCGGGGGAUGAACUGAACCGUCCUUCGUGGAUACGUGCACUUCCGGUCCGCCGUGGAGGAGCUGCCGUCAGUCAAACAUUGGGAACGGGACGUGAUCACCCCCUGCUGGAGAGACAGUGAAACAACAGGUCGGGUUUGAGAUGAUAUCCUGAACUGAAGGGCAGCAGUGCUCCGCUCUGAAGUCACCUGCCCAGGGAGGGAUCAGAGACGAUCAGACGACUGGUUGCAGCGGCCUUUGAAUGUAAAUAAAUAGUGAUCAUGGCACCCAGUCUCCCUGGAGUUUUACACAUUGUCCAAUCAGCAACGACUUGCCUCUGAGGAAGGAGCAGCCACUUCCAGGAGGAAGUGAUCUCUGUAUGAUUUGCUGUUGUUUGCAUUUACUUCUGCAUUCCUUGGUGGUCAAGGGCUGGAGGCUCAAUGCUUAGAGUAGGAUUCUGAAUUCCUUUGUUUUUUCUUUAUGUUUAAUAGAAAUACCGUAGUAAAACGGCUCAGAUAUGACCACAUUGGCAAGGGCUGUGGGUGACACAUUUUUAGCAGCAAAAAAUAUGAAUCAGCAUAUAAUUAUUGCAACAAAAAAACUCUUGAUAAUGUCAAUCCCUUUCAAAAUGUUGCUGUCUGUCCAAAUGUCUGUCUGUGGGCCAGUGUGCAUAGUGAGCACAGACAUUGAAACCCCUUUAAAACAUUGUUUUGGAAAGAAAUAUAUGAUCAUUUACAUUUCUACUUUCUCAAAUAUAUUUCUUUCUUUCUUUUUUUUUUUACAUCUGAGCAAGACUGAAUGUAUGUGUGCACUCAGUGGCUCAAUGCAUUUAACGGAUUCCCCUGACAUAUGAUUAUGGAGCAGUCUUUACAACUCUGAUUCUGAUUGCACUCAUUCAUUAUUGUAUGUCUACUUGCAUGUUUUAAACAUAAGCGAUUUUGGGCAACAAGUGGCAACCUAGCGCUUUAAAAAACAAUAGUCAUGAGAUUUUGUGCUUGCCUAAUUUAAUUUUGCAUGCAUUCAGGAUUAUCUGAUUUCACUCUUAAUUUAUCUGGAAUGUGUGUGUGUGUAAAAGAGUGUGUGUGUGUGUGUGUGUGAGAGAAAGAGACAUGCAUGUGGCGUGCAUGUGUUUAUGCUAGUGUGUGUGUGCGCAUGUGCUUGCGUGUGUGUGCGGAUGUGUUUGUGGUAAUGCAGGUGUGUUUCGUGCAGCAGGUAGUCCAGGCGCUGCAUAAUGUAAACCUUCUGUGUCUUGCUGAGAAUACAAAAAAACAUGUUUCUCUUUCUGCACCGCAUUGUAUAAUUUUACUUUAAAUGUAAUCCUUUGAUUUAAGUCUGUAUUAAGAAGUAAAUUGG